CAGGCGAGCAGUUUACAGGCGAAGAGGCACUCUCUGGUGGUGUUUUUAAAAGCAUUUUCUCCUGGUGCUGCUGUGGUUUCUCCUAGAAUCUCUCCUGAAGACCAACACCAAAGGAGGAAGUGAAGAAGAAAUGGCCCUUUCUCAGGGACAGCUGGCCUUCAGGGAUGUGGCCAUAGAAUUCUCGGAGGAGGAGUGGGGACGCCUGACCCACACUCAGCGGCAACUGUACAGGGAUGUGAUGUUGGAGAACUACGGACACCUGCUCUUCUUGGGUCUCAUUGUGUCAAAGCCUGAUUUGGUCUCCUUUUUGGAGCAAAAGAAGGACCCUCGGGAUGUGACGAGAAAGAAGACAGUGGUCUUUGAUCCAGCUGUAUCUUCACAGGGCACCCCGAGCUUCCUGCCACAGCCAUGCAAAGAAGCUUCAUUUGAAAAUGUGUCAGUGGGUCGAUAUAAACAUACUGUCCUUGAGAAGUUACACCUAAUGAUAGACUGGGAUAAUGAUCGUAAAGGAUAUAUCCAAAUUGAGACUACUGCCCAUGAUAGUGAAAGAUACAAAAUACUUGGUAAAACCUUCCUUUUUAAGUCCAUUAGUUCUUCAAGGCAGCGUGUUUCUGUCAGCAGGAGCUCCACUCAAACACUCAAACGUACAUAUUUAUGGAUAGAGAAUGUGGAACAUCUGGAAAGUUACCUAGCCUGUGCUGAACAUAAUGAUUUGAACAAUUUUGAAAAUAGGAUUGGAUUGACCAUUCAUUCAAAUAUUUCUAAACUUCAGAGAUUUCAACAUGGAGAAACAACUGCUAAGUGGGAUCCAUUUGAGAGGUCCUUCACUAAAGACUCAACCCUUCAAAAUUCCCAGAGCAUUUUCAGUGGAGAGGGAAUUGCUCAAGGCAGUGAAUCUGAGAAAAAAAUUCAUCCAGGCUCAAAUGUUAAUAAACAUCUGAGGACUCAUUUUGCAGAGAACCAUUUCAAGCCUAUUAAAUGUGGGGAAGACUUUUCUCAAAGAUCCAUUCUUCUUUCUAACAGUAUGCAUAUAAGAGAGAAUCCUAAUGAACAUGAAAGAGAUUUUAACCAGUCCUCCAGUUCUGGUGAUCAUCCAAAAAUUUAUGACUUUAAAUUGCCAUCGACCCUUACUCACCAUCAUAGAAUUCAUACUGGAGAGAAACCUUACCAAUGUCAAGAAUGUGGGAAGGCCUUUAACCGCAGCUCAAGCCUUACUGAACAUCACAGAAUUCAUACUGGAGAGAAACCUUACCAAUGUCAAGAAUGUGGCAAGACCUUUAACCGGAUGUCACACCUUACUGAACAUCACAGAAUUCAUACCGGAGAGAAACCUUACCAAUGUCAAGAAUGUGGCAAGGCCUUUAACCACAGCUCAAGCCUUACUCAACAUCACAGAAUUCAUACAGGAGAGAAACCUUACCAAUGUCAAGAAUGUGGCAAGGCCUUUAACCACAGCUCAAGCCUUACUCAACAUCACAGAAUUCAUACUGGAGAGAAACCUUACCAAUGUCAGGAAUGUGGGAAGGCCUUUAUCCAUCAGUCAGGCCUUACUACACAUUACAGAGUUCAUACUGGAGAGAAACCUUACAAAUGUGUAGAAUGUAGCAAGGCCUUUAAGCAGGUAGCCAACCUUACUCGACAUCACAGAAUUCAUACUGGAGAAAAACCUUACCAAUGUCAAGAAUGUGGCAAGGCCUUUAAGCAGAUAUCACACCUUAAUGAACAUCACAGAAUUCAUACUGGAGAGAAACCUUACCAAUGUCAAGAAUGUGGCAAGGUAUUUGUGUCCCAUUCAGGCCUUACUCGACAUCAGAGAAUUCAUUCUGGUGAGAAACCUUACAGAUGUUAAGUAUGUGGCAAGGCCUUUAAGUGGCAUGCAUCCCUUCGUGUACAACACUUAAGUCAUAUUGGAGAGAAACCUUAGAAAUGUAAAGAAUGUGGCCAGGGCUUUAAGUGCUCAAGCCUCUCCCAGCAUUACAGAAUUCAUAGUAGAGAGAAUCCUUGUAAGUGUAAAGAAUGUGGUAAAGCUUUUGGAUUGCUCAACACUUAAGUCCGCAUCCCAGAGUUCAUACUGAGGAGAAAUACUGGAAAUGGAAAGAACAUGGCAGGCCUCUGACUGGAUGUCAUAACUUGCUCAACAUCAUUGUUACCAUCCAGGAGCAAAACUGUAAUAUGUAAAGACAGUGGCCAAGCCUUUAACUAGAAUUCAGUCCUUACUCGGUAUCCCAAAAUGCAGUCUCGGGUCAAACUCUACAAACAUAAUGAAUGAGGAAAGACUGUCUCUUACAGUUUAGGAAACAUCAGAGAGUUCAGAGAAGAAAAGGAACUUGACAGAUAAAAGUCCGUAGAAAUGUAUUUAGUUGAAC